CUCUAUAUAAAAAGUAUCUAGGUUUCCCUGCUGCUUUUACUUUUUUUUAUUAUUCACCUUCGAAGCCUCAUUCGAAGCUCUGGAUUGCGCUGCGGUUACUCCCACCGACGUUGACAGCCGCUAGACGACGGAGGAUCUUACGCCGCCGUGAUCCCAUUUGCUUCGAGUUUCUUCUUUCCCAGAUGGAGCCGCGACAAAUUUCUUGUGAUCAGAAGUUACCUUCCCUCUCUGCAAGUCACCAGUGGUUUAUUGCUCAGAACCUAGAAUCCCAUACCCAAAUCUUUUACACCCUAGGCAACCAGCAGAACUACUAUCACUGUCGAAUCAAUGAGCUCCGGGGGAGACGAAUCCGGGCAUGUUUCCACGGCUGGGUUGUUCUCUCCAACCAUCCUGACACCGUUCUGUGGUCUCUUUGGAACCCGCUCACCUCUAAGUUGAUUCGUCUUCCACCUUUGAUUCAUAAAGCAAAACACUCCCAUGAAUGUUGUUUGUCAGCUCCUCCAGAUGAUCAAGGUUCGGUUUUGCUGUUAACAACAAUCGAAGUCCCUACCAUUGUUUUCUGUCGGCUAGACACUACAAGAAAGAAAUUUAAAUGGAUUCAAAUGUCAUAUGCUAAACAGCUACAGAGCAUAAGCGGUGUAGAUGAUUGUUUUCUAGUUACUCCAACUUGUUGCAACGGUAAAGUGUAUGCCAUGACCACAGGCCCUUAUUAUUGCUUUGUCAUACAUGUUGACAUUGUGGUUGAAGGUAAAGACGUUGUGAUAAAUCUAUUGCCGUUUGUGGAAAUCCCUGCCACUUCUUACAACCGUUGUCCUUCCCAUAAUAGUUUCGACACCAUCCGCGCUUUUUUAAAAGGAUCCUAUAUGGAACUGUUCUGCGUUGCAGUAUGUUUUAACGAUGAAACAAGGAUUGGUAACGUGUAUUUGUUUAAACUAGAUGUUACUAGUAUGACUUGGGAGGAAAUGGUAGACCUCAAAGAUGCUAUAUUUUUUAUAGAACUUGGUAGUGAUUACUCAGCAUGCUACUACAAUUCUACAGUUGAUUCAGAGUUAGAGGGAUAUGUACAUAUUCUUGGCGAGUCGGGAAAAGUAAUGUACUCAUUCCAUGCCAAAGAUAAAACCAUGUCCAUAUCUUCUAUGCCUUGUACAGUACUCGAAAGCCAAGCGUCUGCAUGGGCAAUGCUUGAAUGCAGGUUAGAAGUUGAUCAUGUUGAAUCUAAGCUAGAAGAAAAGGACAAUGAUACCGAGCUAGUAGUAAGACCAGUUAAGGGUGAUAACAUUGAAUUUGAUAUCACAACAGGUGAGUCACAGUCACACCUACUCAAUAUUCCGGUUCAUAUUUUGGAAACGAUUAUGGAGCUUUGUGUUGGUAUCGAGUACAUAAGGUUUCGUGCUACAUCUAAACUUUGUUAUUUAGCAACAUCUCUGGUCAACAAAACGACAUUAAGCAGAUUGCAGAUGUACUCAUUAGUUUCACCAUGGUUGGUGGUGUUAGACAAUUAUCAAGGCAUUGUCACUCUAAUAGAUCCGAUACGCAGUGAUAGGUAUUAUAUAAAAGUUCCGCAAAAACUAAAGGGUGAUUACCAGAUAUAUUGUUCCAAGUAUGGUUGGUUGCUGAUGUAUCAACUGUGCGGACCCAUGGUGUUUUUCAACCCGUUCUCAAAUGAUAUCCGUGAGCUUCCACCGGCACCUUAUUUACAAACCUUUUGUUUCUCAGCACCACCUACUUCUGCCGAUUGUAUGGUUGUUGGGUUUACCUCAUAUCCGAAAUGGUAUGUAGUCUAUCACAUUGUAUCUCGGGACUCUGCAUGGCGUAAAUUUCAUUUGGAUUUUGAUGGUGAUGGUCCAUCUUCUUAUUACUUUCCAACAUUCAGUGGCCGGGAUGUUUAUGCCUUGUGCGAGAAUAAAGGACUUGACGUUUUUAUAGACAUGCUUAAAGAUGAUGACUCUUGGGAGACUUUCGUAGACAAAGCACCAAAACAUAGUUGUAGAUCUCCGGCACAGUACUUUCUGUCAAUAUGUGGUCAACAUCAAUUGCUAGUUGUCGUGGGUAAGUUUGGAGAGUCGGUUGAGGUGUUCAAAGCAAAUGAGUAUACAGAAGAAUGGGAGAAAACAAAUGGGUUGGGAAAACACAUGAUUUUUAUUUCUGAUACAUCAUGUAUCUGCCUUGACGCCAAAUUACCAGAAAUGGAGAACAAGAUCUACUUUCCAAGAUUAUUAUGUAACGGGGGCACCAAGAUAGUGUUUUAUUCUCUCGAAACAUGCAGGUACCACACAUUCGAUGACAGAAAUAUCCGGGAAAGUUUUGGUGCCGAUUUAUUUGGAACUAAACUUCAUUGUUACCCUCAUACAUGGAUUGAACCAAGUUGGUCCUAAGAUAUAUGACAUAUAAUGUCUGUUCAAUGCUAAAAUACAAUAUAAUACUUAUGACUUGGGUAGUUGGUGUCCUUUUUAACUAAAUUGUCUUUCUUUUCUGUA